CCGCUCCCGAUUCCCGACAUACUGAGAACAUUGCCGACUGCCAUUUGCCAUUAUAAUAUUUCCAUUGCGCGCAUCCCCAUCCACCACCGAUUGUGUCUGUUGGGUAUUAUUUCGAUAUUGUCACUGGUCACGUAGCCGUUUGAAUUUCAGUGCAUUUGCCAACAACCACCACUGAUAUUCGAAUUCUAUAUCUACGCCCGAUCAAAUAUUUGUAGACGCCGCUUUAGAAUAAAAUAAAAAAAUAAUCGUCGCCCGCCCUCCUGCCACCGCCAACGAACAGUACGCGUCGGUGGAAAGUUACUACGAGCCUGAAAGAACUAGCCUGUGUAGUGCAGACGUGUCUGCCUGUCCGUUUGUGGACCACCGGCUCUUACAAUGGAGGCAUUGAUUCCUGUCAUCAACCGAUUACAGGACGUGUUCAACACUGUCGGUUACGAUGCCAUACAGCUUCCUCAAAUUGUAGUGGUCGGAUCACAGAGUUCUGGUAAAAGCUCAGUAAUAGAAAGUAUUGUCGGUAGAUCAUUUUUACCCAGAGGUAUAGGAAUUGUUACUAGAUGUCCUUUAAUUCUUCAGCUUGUCAAUUGUCCUUUCACUGAUAAAGAACAUAGAAGUUCAGAAAAUGGUACAGUUAAUUUGGAGGAAUGGGGUGAAUUCCUGCAUUGUAAAAAUAAAGUUUUCAAAGAUUUUAAUGAAAUACGUGAUGAAAUUCAAUAUGAGACCAACAAAGUUGCUGGCAGCAAUAAAGGAAUAUGCCCCGACCCUAUUAGCUUGAAAAUAUAUUCCAUACAUGUAUUGAAUUUAUCACUUGUGGACCUGCCUGGAAUAACUAAAGUUCCUGUGGGUGACCAACCCGAUGAUAUUGAAUCUCAAGUGAAAAAUUUAGUUGUCAAGUAUAUUCAAAAUCCAAACUCAAUUAUUUUGGCAGUAAGUACCGCUAAUACAGAUAUGACAAAUAGUGAAAGUUUAAAGUUGGCUAAAGAAGUAGAUUCUGAAGGAAAGAGAACUCUAGCUGUAAUCACUAAACUUGAUCUAAUGGAUGCAGGUACUGAUGCAGUUGAUAUUUUAUGUGGUCGAGUGAUUCCUGUUAAACUAGGAAUAAUUGGUGUUGUUAAUCGAUCACAGCAAGAUAUAAAUGACAAUAAGUCAAUUGCUAAUGCUCUAAAAGAUGAAUCUACUUACUUGCAAAGGAAAUACCCUUCAUUGGCAAACCGAAAUGGAACUCCAUAUUUAACAAAGACACUUAACAGACUUUUAAUGCAUCACAUUCGAGAUUGUUUGCCAAACCUAAAAACAAGAGUAAACGUUAUGGUUUCACAAUUCCAAUCACUAUUGUAUUCAUUUGGUGACGAUGUAUCAGAUAAGAGCCAAACAUUGUUGCAAAUCAUUACAAAAUUUGCUGCGGCAUAUUGUUCAACAAUUGAUGGUACUUCAAAGAAUAUUGAAACAACCGAACUAUGUGGUGGUGCCCGAAUAUGUUACAUAUUUCACGAGACAUUUGGCAAGGUUUUGGAUUCUAUUCAUCCUCUGACAGGUUUAUCCAAAAUGGAUGUGUUGACCGCCAUAAGAAAUGCCACGGGGCCUAGACCAGCAUUGUUUGUUCCAGAAGUAUCUUUCGAGUUGUUAGUUAAAAGACAAAUACGCCGACUAGAAGAACCCUCAUUGCGGUGUGUAGAACUUGUACAUGAAGAAAUGCAACGUAUGAUCCAACACUGCGGCAUUGAAUCACAGCAGGAAAUGAUCAGAUUUCCUAAACUCCAUGAAAGCAUUGUAGAUGUUGUGACACAGUUAUUGCGUAGACGUUUACCUACAACAAAUGCAAUGGUUGAAAACUUGGUAGCCAUUGAACUGGCGUACAUAAACACCAAACAUCCAGAUUUUCAUAGGGACGCAGAACUCGUAUCAUUAAUGAUGAAAAGCGCUGAAGAAGAUGAAUAUUCAAGGCAACGCAUGUUGAGAAAAUACAAUGUGAACAACUCUACGACUGGAUGUGAUAGAGAUAGUGUCGCCAGUACGGGAUCAUUAAAGAAAACGCCAAAGCAGCAUCAAGCGGACAUGAAUAGUGAAAUGAAUUCCGUAGAAUCGUCUCCAGCAACGACUCCUGUGCAUCAAAUGCAAAAUGAAUGUAUGCCUUCGACUAUAGCCAGCAGUUUUAGCAGCAUGGAUUUGCAGAGUCCAUCCAACAGGAACCUAUCUGAGAAAGAACUGCGUGAUUGUGACGUAAUUGAAAGAUUGAUCAAAUCGUAUUUCUACAUUGUGAGGAAAUCUAUUCAAGAUAGCGUUCCAAAGGCCAUAAUGCACUUUUUAGUAAAUUUUGUAAAGAACUACUUGCAAUCAGAACUAGUCACACAUUUAUACAAAUCCGAACAAGUAGAAGAAUUACUUAAUGAAUCUGAACAUAUAUCCAAUCGCAGAAAAGAAGCUAUUGAUAUGCUUAAGGCCUUACAGAAUGCUAACAACAUCAUUAGUGAGAUCCGUGAAGUGCAUGUCUGGUAAAAAUGUAAAGAAGAUUUGAUGUGUAGUACUUAGUUUUUAAUUAAAUCCUCAAUCAGUACAUUGUUACGAAUCCGCCAUUAUUAUUAUACUAUUAUUAUUAUUAAAUGUAAUGUACGGACCAAAAUAACCUAGUACAUACUAUGGGGUACAAUUAGUGUUUAUUUCAAUCACUCCCAUGAUGUCUUAACGUACAUAAGUUAGUUAUUACUUUGUAAAAUGAAGGAAAAAUUAUCCUCAUUCUUUUCAUGCAUACAAUGACGAACGAUCAAUAAAAACCCAUUAGGGAUGAAAUUAUUA